AUGGAGUUGUUAUCAAAACUGAAUGAUAAUAUUUGUGCACUAGGCGUAUCGCUAAACAAACGAAAACAUGAGAGCAUUGUCUCUGAUCAACCAAGCACAAACACGGCAGUAUCUGCCAAAAAAGCUAAAAUUAGCUCACUGUCUGAGUCUGUAUCAGACAACGAAUCUGACAGUGAAGCGUUGCUGGGAGACGCGGAGCAGGGACAUCACAAUGGCAAUGAGAACACCUCGAACGAGGGCGAACAACAAUCCGCCAACAUGGCGGACGUAGAUGAUCCCUUGCUUGACGAAAUCGCGCAGUCACUUGACGAAACGGAGCGAACGGGCGACCCCGUUUCGGAUAAACUAGCAUUGAUUGCCAACAAACGCUGGAAUCAUAAAUUAAGUGACGACCAGCUAAAAGAAAAGGACGAAAAAUACCCGCGACCAGCGAACUGCGAUAAAGUUGUAAGCUUACGUGUAAACCCUGAAAUAUGGGCUAAAUUGCCAAGAGCUGUUCGUGGCGAGGAUAACAAGCUCUUUCGUGUACAAACCCAGCUUAGCACAGUCACUAACCUUGUAGUACAAGCUACAGAUAUGCUGUUGAAAGCAAAAUCUGACCCAAAAAGUCUACAAAUUGAUGACCUAGUGCGAAUGAACACAGAUGCUGUUGCUCUGGUCAGUCAUGCUAGCCAUGAGUUAGCUCAAAAAAGGCGCGAAAUAAUCAAACCUCACCUUCACAGGGAUUAUAUUGAGCUAUGCUCAAAAGAAGUUCCUGUGACAAGCCUACUGUUUGGAGACGACCUCCAAACAGAAUCGACCCGCAUUCGGGCAACAAACAAAAUUGGAAAUACAACAAAUCCAUCAUCACACCAGCCGAGUCAACGCCGGAUUUACAAGCCAAAUACGAGCAAUUAUAGUAACAAACAGCCUCUUUUUUAUGGCGAGGAGCCCAGUCGUACAGACGACUGGAGAACAACAAAUGGCGGGGUCAGAACCGUGGUCAGAACCGAGCUCGUUUCGGGCCAAUAAAGAAAUAGACUCAGAAGCUAUUCAAAAACUUUCACAAAUACAGGUAAGCGAAUACGAGUCUCUCGUGCCAUCGCUUAUUAAAUACUUUGAACACAAGGUUGCCAAUUUUAAGGCGGGCCAACUUAGUACUUCCUAUUUUGCUUGGAAAGAAUUGACAUCUGAUCCAGAAAUUCUGGAGACAGUGUCUGGUCAACGCAUAGAAUUUAACUAGAACCCAGUACAAUUAAAUUUACCCGUACAGCCAAAUUACGUCAACAAGGACAGUUUAUUGAUUCUGAAAUCCAAAACUUGUUGAAAAAAGGCGUCAUUGUAGAAUCUACACAUGAGCCUAAUGAAUACAUUUCACCCAUAGUCCUUCGACCUAAGAAGGAUGGAUCAUAUCGCAUGAUUUUAAACCUAAAAUGUUUAAACCAAUCUGUUACGUACCAACAUUUUAAAAUGGACACAAUCUGGACUGCUAUACGUAUGAUGCGUCCAGGAUGCUUUAUGGCAUCCAUUGAUUUUAAGGAUGUAUACUACUCUGUCCCAAUUCACAAAGACCAUCAAAAAUACCUGAAAUUUCAAUGGCGAGGGAAGCUAUAUCAGUAUACAUGUUUCCCAAAUGGACUGGCAAUUUGCCCUAGGAAAUUUACAAAGCUCCUUAAACCUGUUUUCUCAAACUUGAGAAGCAUAGGUCAUCUAUCUGUAAUAUUCAUAGAUGAUUCUUAUUUACAAGGUGCUGACUUUAAUCUGUUUUGUUAAAAAUGUGAAAGAUACUAUUACAUUACUUGACCAAGUGGGUCUUGUUAUACACCCUAAGAAGUCAGUCCUAUACUCUACUCAGAAACUUGUAUUCCUAGGGUUUCUGUUAGAUUCCAUAAAAAUGGAGUCUAUUUUCCCCUCCUAACAGGGGAAAAAACACAAAAAAUUAAGGAAGCUUGUCAAAAGCUUCUACAAUCUCCUCAACCUACAAUACGGGAAGUGGCUAGAGUCAUUGGGAUGUUAACAGCUAGCUUCCCAGGAGUAAUGUUUGGGCCAUUGCAUUAUAGGCACCUAGAUAUGGAUAAAAUUGUGGCCCUGAAACUAAGAAAGGGCAAUUAUAAUAAGACCAUGACUCUUUCAGAUGAGGCUAAGCACGAGCUGAGCUGGUGCGUACGCUCAAUCGAAAGUGCAUACAGUGUGGUUAGUCACGGACAAGCUGACACAACCAUGACCACAGAUGCCUCAAAAACGGGUUGGGGUUGCUCCCUAGCUGGCACACCUACAGGUGGCUCAUGGGACCCUGGGGAAUCUGAGAAACACAUUAACUGGCUAGAAGUUAAAGCCAUAUUACUCAGUCUAAAAUCAUUUGUAGCUCAUAUUUGUCAGAAGCAUGUAAAAAUCCUAUCCGACAACACAACAGCAGUCUGCUGCAUAAAUCAUACGGGAACUAGUCACUCCAAGGAGAUAAAUCUCUUAGUUACAGAGAUAUGGGAUUUUUGCAUUGAGAAUACCAUUUGGAUUACUGUAGCACAUAUCCCAGGAAAACAUAAUGUCAUUGCAGAUUUUGAAUCGAGGAGGGGUACCAAUGAUACUGAGUGGGCCUUAGACCAAACAGUGUAUGAUCAAGCAAUCCAAUUACUGGAUGUGACACCCAUGGGGUAUUGAUCUGUUUGCUUUAAGGCUAAACUAUAAAUGCAAACCUUAUGUUGCAUUCAGACCUGACCCUGAGGCUCAAGCCAUAAAUGCCUUUCAUAUCUCUUGGGUAAACAUUGUGCUUUUAUGCAUUCCCACCUUUUUGCAUUAUCAACCAUGUAUUACAAAAAAUCUCAGAAGAGAAGGCAACAGGCAUAAUAGUAAUUCCACACUGGCCGACCCAGUCUUCGUGGCCAUAUCUAACCAAUAUGUUAAUAAAUUGUCCCUUUAUUUUGCCUAGCACACAAACAACACUGAUGUUACCAUCCCAUCCUCAGAAAAUACAUCCUCUACAAAAGAAGUUGCGAUUACUGAUGUGCCACUUAUCGGGGGAUUACUUGAAAGUAAAGGAAUGUCAAAAGAAGCUGCUUCAAUCAUCGUACAAGCAUGGAGACCGGGGACUCAAAAACAGUACAAAUACUAUUUACAAAAGUGGGAAUAG